GCAACGCGAAGUGCUCGUGUAUUUGUUUACAGGCGAGGAAAUCACAAACAGGGACUCCUCACAGAGCUACGGAAAUUUAUAUGAUAAACAGCUUUAAAUCACAGGAAAACGAUAAUCAAAGGAAAUCAUGAGUUCAAGACAAGUAUUGCAAGUAUUUGAGCAAUAUCAGAAAGCUCGGACCACAUUUGUACAGACAGUUGCAGAGCUUGCAUCAAGACCACAGAAUAUUGAAACUUUACAGAAUGCAGGUGUGAUGUCUCUGCUUCGUCCUCUUCUUCUGGACAUUGUACCCACAAUUCAACAGACAUCGGCUUUGGCGCUGGGUCGGUUGGCAAACUAUAACGAUGACCUAGCUGAAGCAGUAGUAAAGGGAGACAUCCUUCCUCAACUCGUAUAUUCCCUUGCUGAGCAAAAUAGAUUCUACAAGAAGGCGGCCGCAUUUGUUCUUCGGGCCGUAGCCAAGCACUCCCCUCAGCUGGGCCAGUCUGUUGUAGACUGCGGAGCUCUUGAUGCUCUGGUCAUCUGCCUUGAAGAGUUUGAUCCGGGGGUCAAGGAAUCGGCAGCAUGGGCUCUGGGAUACAUCGCCAGGCAUAACGCAGAACUUGCCCAGUCCGUGGUGGAUGCUGGCGCCGUACCCCUGCUGGUUCUAUGUAUCCAGGAGCCAGAGCUUUCAUUGAAGCGUAUAGCUGCCUCGGCUCUGAGCGAUAUCUGCAAGCAUUCUCCUGAACUGGCCCAGACCGUUGUUGAUGCCGGAGCCAUCGCUCACCUCGCUCAGAUGAUCCUCAACCCUGAUGCCAAACUCAAGCGUCAAGUAUUCUCCGCCUUGAGUCAGAUCUCCAAACACUCCGUAGACCUGGCAGAGAUGGUGGUCGAAGCCGAGAUCUUCCCCGCCGUCCUAACCUGCCUCAAGGACCAGGACGAGUAUGUCCGUAAGAACGUGGCCACGCUGAUCCGCGAGAUCGCCAAGCACACCCCCGAGUUGUCUACGCUGAUCGUCAACGCAGGGGGCGUGGCUGCUGUGGUGGAUUACGUAGCGGAAUCCAAGGGCAAUGUGAGGUUACCCGGUGUCAUGAUGCUGGGCUACGUGGCCGCUCACUCGGAGAAUCUAGCAAUGGCUGUUAUUGUCUCCAAGGGUGUAACGCAGCUAGCUAUGACGCUUGCAGAGGAACCAGAAGACCACAUACAGGCCGCAGCAGCAUGGGCGCUAGGUCAGAUAGGACGUCAUACCCCAGAGCAUGCCAAGGCCGUUGCUCAAGCUAAUGUAUUACCUCGCCUGGUCGAGUGUUACCAGAGAGCCGACGCAUCGGAAGACCUCCAAACAAAGGCCAAAAAGGCUCUCAAGAACAUCCUCCAGAAGUGCGUUCACCUCCCUGCCUUGGAGCCCCUCCUCCACGACGCCCCGCCCAACAUCCUCAAGCACGUGGUUGGCCAGUUCGGCAAGGUACUUCCUCACGACCCCAAGGCACGUCGUCUGUUUGUUACCAGCGGCGGGCUGAAGAAGGUCCAAGAGAUCAAGGCCGAUGCCGGGUCCGUCCUGGAGGAGUACAUCAAUACCAUCAACAACUGCUUCCCUGAGGAGAUUGUCAAGUACUACUCCCCUGGAUAUUCAGAUGCUCUAUUGGACAGAGUCGAUCAAUACCAACCCGUCGGUGAUAAUCAGGUCUACAACUAACUUUCCCGGACAUCCAGUCAAAUAUACUCCAAAAUAAUAAAACUCUGUGGAUCAGUAGUUGUUGCAUUUUCACUUGGGGCAGGGAUCGUAAACUAGGGAUGAACUAUGUCUGCAGGAAUACGCCUUGAAUUUUGUGUAAUGUACCUAAUGCAUCGUUUAUAUGCAAUCCUUAGUCAAAAUUCAAUUGUAUUCUGUAUUCAGUCCUUAAUUAUUUAAAAUAUAGAUAUAUGAAUUAUACCAAGGGUCUUUGGAAACAGGAAUCUACAAGAUAAUUGUGGAUCGGUAGUUUUUGUAUUUUCACACAUUGGGAGCUUAAAAUAUAGGGAUGAACUAGGUCUUCAGGAAUGUGCCAUGAGUUUGGCAUUCAUGUACCUCUUGCAAAGCUGUGAUAUGCGAUCCAUAAAUAAUAUUCAAAUAAUUCUGUAUUCAUUCAUUUAUUAAUUCAAAUUGAUGUCUAAAUCUUACCCAAGGACGCUUGGAAAUAGAAAUCAAUGGGGUUGUCAUGGAUCAGUGGUUUUUGCAUUUAACAGGGGCUUGAAAUGUCGGGAUGAAUAAUAAUGACGAUGAGAAUCUGACCAAAACACAUGUUUUGUAUGCAGAAUUUGUAAUCAUUUAAGAAAGGAUGUAGAGGGGGGUUACUUGAUUUUUCAUACCAAUUUAAAUGUUUUCUCUCUGUCCCAUCUUGAAUGAAGAUCCCCAUACCAUGAUACCCCUUUGAGCAAAAUGAAAUGCAUUUCUUAUUAUCUCAUGAUAAAUGUUAGUUGUGGGGGAAAUUGGAAGCAUUUGGCUGGAACUGAGAAAAUUUCUUUGAAAUGAUAUUAAGAAUAAACCUGUUAAUGCCAUUUGAGAAGAUGUUCAUUAUACAGUGGAAAUUCUAUCACAGUGGAAUGCAUUCAAUACUUUCAGACUCAAAAGGGUUCGAGCAUAUAACAUUUACACCGUGUCUGUGUAUUUUGUUGAUGUUGGGUUAUUUAUAAACCAUAUAUCUGCAAGAUUGGUAUUCUAAAUUCAUAGCACAUUGGUUACCUUAAAGGUAAAGAAUGAACACUGAUUUCAUGGGAAAGUCUAUCAAAUCAAGGGGAUCACUUACACAGAUUAGCACAUGUGGGACAGUGUAUUAUUAUUGCGUUGAUGAAGACCUGACAUCUGACUGGAAUACCAUGUUUGUUUUGUCAAUUUCUUAGCAAUUACACAUUUUCUGCCGGAAUCAUUUGGCACAGAUUUUUUUAUUCACACAUACACACACUCUGGUGGUCAUUUAAUUGGAUUAUUUUUGCACUCUUUUGAGAUCGUUACCACAACUGGCAUUUAUCUUUACCUCGAGAUUAACUCUGACCGCCCGUUUAUGGUAUGCCUGUUGCAAGCUCAUCCAACAAUACACAUUUAUUUACCAAAUACCACCGAAUAUUGCAAGGUCUUGUUGCUCUUAAAUAUGAAUGGAAUACAAAUUGUAAAAAGUGAAAUGAUCAUAUUUUCUUUUAUCGGUUUGCAUUCUAUUUGAAUGAAAAAUAUUAUUUUUGAAUUGCAUAUACAUGUACUUAUAUUUAUAUGUUUAUGGAUUGAUGAAUAAUUUUGUCCACAAUAGUACAUUAGAAACCUAAUAGAGUACUGAAUAUAUCAUUAGUGUUCGCACCAGACACAUAUCAAUGAGUUACAGCAGCAAUGGACUUGUCUUGAAGACAACCACUGCGUUUACGAACGAAUGGAACAUGUUCUUAUACUUAAGUCAGCUUUAUAGGGAUGUAUCAUAUGGCACAAGGGUCACGAGUCGUGCGUAAAGUUGUUCGUAACUUACGAACAGCUUUAUGACACGGGCCCCUGGGCUAUUGGGAAAUGUUUAGAACCAGUUUCAAUGGAAAGAAUGACUGUGCAAGGCUGUAACCUCUCACUUUUAAUACUCUACUCUUAGAUCUAUGCACUUCUUUGUUGAGAUUUUACAAUUUCUUCUUUUUACAAAAUAUCAAAUUUUCAGGAUUGUAAUGAUAAUUAUUAUAAACAUGAAUUUGUAAAGUGCAGCUUUUAUAUGAAUAUAUUCAGCUGCACUUGUUCAGAGCUCUUUUUUUAGUAUGGAAGGAUCCUGAAUCUUUGAGGAAUUAUAUAUACUGUUUUGAAUGGUGUUGAAAGCUCUUUAAAACUUGCAAAUGUUCAUCCGUCCCAAAGUGAUUCAUACAUUCUUCAACGUUUUGUACUUAUUUGUAAAUAUUAUAUUUGCUUAUUAUGUUGAUUAUAUCUAUUUGUCAAGUGUUUUGUGAAUAAAAAUUGUUUUUAUGUA